CGCGGGGGAGUGUUGUUGGUGCCGCCCAACCCGGAAGUGCAGUCCUGACAGGAGCAGCGGCGAAGUUGAGUUUGCGUUACCUGAGGGAACUCAGGGUCGUGAGCAUCCCUAAUUCCGAGGCGGGCUGCCUGUUGGCUUCUAUUGCCUCCCUUCCGCCCGUGUAGCCGCCGAGGCCUGUCUUUCCUUGGCCGCCAUGUCCUCAGACUUCGAGGGCUACGAGCAGGACUUCUCGGUUCUCAGCGCGGAGAUCACCAACCGCAUCGGGAAGGUGCCCAAGUUGCUGGGAGAUGAGAAGAGGCAAAUGGUUUCAAAUGUGGAGAAGCAGCUGGAAGAAGCAAGAGAGCUGUUGGAACAAAUGGAGCUUGAAGUUCGAGAAAUCCCUCCACAGAGCCGAGGCAUGUACAGCAGUAGAAUGAGAAGCUACAAGCAAGAAAUGGAAAAACUUGAAGCAGACUUUAAAAGGUCACGUAUUGCCUACAGUGAUGAGGUGCGGAAUGAGCUCCUAGGGGAUGAUGGGAAUUCCUCAGAGAUCCAGUUGAUAAAAUUACGUGAAGAGAGGGCACAUCUGCUCGAUAACACAGAGAGGCUGGAAAGGUCAUCUCGAAGACUAGAGGCUGGAUACCAAAUAGCAGUGGAAACUGAACAGAUUGGUCAGGACAUACUGGAAAACCUCAGCCAUGAUAGAGAAAAGAUUCAGCGUGCUCGAGAAAGACUGAGAGAAACUGAUGCAAACUUGGGCAAGAGUUCAAGGAUCCUUACAGGAAUGAUACGAAGGUAAGGACAAGGGUCAUCCAGAAUCGGAUCUUGGUAGUGAUCUUGGGGAUCAUCGUCUUCUUGGCAGUCGUGAUGAUUGUUUAUUUCACUCUCAGACCACACUGAUAUCUUUGUUCUUCCCUAACCAGCAACAAGCCUCCAGAGUAAUUAAGACAAAGUAGCCACAUGAAUCAUUCCCUUCCAUUGAAAUGGUUCUCCCUUUUAAAAACCUGCAAUUCAACUCUGGCACCAGUAGCAUACUCGUAUUUUGUCUUACUGGCUGCAUGUACCGAUAAUAUUGUUCUUUGUUUUCAAGAGUGUUACACCGAACAACUGUUCUGGGUUUCCCAUAUUAACAUAUGGAACAAACAUACAUAAUUAAGAGGUAUAAAAAUCGAAUGUGUAAUUAGAAUAAUAAAUCCCAGGCCAGGUUUUUAAUGCUGAAAAUUGUAAGACUUGACUUGUGUGGAAUUAGUAUUUAAAUCUCUGUCAGGAUGGACUUUUAGGCCCUUUAGAAUAGAAGUAAGCAAAUUUCAAAAAUGCACUGAGAGUAUUUGUGGCUUAAUAGCUAUUACAGCUACAACCCAGCAAAGCAAUGAGCUAUUGUUUCUAAUAAACAUAUCACUCUUUGACAGGAUGGGUUGAUGGCCUCGGUCCAUCUAUUAUUGUAAUAUGAUCAUGUUUUCUGAUUUUUCUAACUUUUUAUCUAACAAUGUAUAUAUUCUCAUCUGCAGCAAGUCCUGGAUUAUGAGGUCCAUUUCUUUUAUGGUGUUGUCCUAUGAUCAUGUUACUAUGCUGUUAAUUUUGCUCUGUAUUAUUGUGUUCUUAAUGUAUGUAGAAUUCAAGGGAAGAACAGGCUGCUUAAAAAACAUAUAGAGAAUCCUUCAAGGUCAUUUCUGAAUUCAACUGCAAAACAAUAAUAGGAUUUAAAAUUUGAAAUAUUGUGAUAGAAUAAAUAUAAAUGAGAUUCUGUAUGCAAAAUAUUUGGAAUGAAUCAUAUCAUAUAAGGUUCCUUUUAUUUAAAUGAAAAUGAUAUUGUCUGGUGCAAACCUAUAGGGUUAUAUCUGCUGAGCCAGGGAUGGCUAAAGAAACAACUGUAUAAACAUUUGAUAUAUCCAAGGCAAGUAAGACAGACUUCAAUUUGCCUUUCUUUAGCACUGUCCCAAGUGCUAUUAUUUGUGGUCUCUGUUUUCCAGUAGAGUUUUCAACAUCGCUGUUUUAGACAAUGGCUAGAAUUCAGGUUGGGACAUGCAUAUGUAUGUGGAUGUGAUUUUCAGUCCUACAGUGGUUUCAUACUCCUGUCCCCUCCAUGCAGCACCCAAAACCCUACUGUCGACCUACUUUAAAGCCCCAAAGCUGCCUCAUACAGGCAUUCAAUGCUAUUCAAUACAAACAGCCAGGAAUUGAGAAGCAUUUUGCAGUCCCCUACCCCAAGCACAAUGAUUUCAGAAGUCCUGAGACCUCUAGAGGACUCCCACGAAUCUCAGUGCUGAUGUGAUCAAUGUGUGUCUGGUUAAAGGAGAAGUUAAGCAGACCUUUACUAAGCCUGAGCACCUGGGAGCAUGAGAGGAAUAGCCAGAAGUCACAGCUGACAUUUCUUAAACAGGGUGUAUCCUGUUCAAGGUUCACCUUUUAUGGAUAAAUGUAACAUAAAUAUUAAAAGAACGGUGUGAUUCUUACAUUAAAAUAAAAAUCAGAACUGGGUGAUAGGGCAACUAAAAAGCAAGAAAAGUGUUGUAUAAGUGGGCCCUUCCAUUGAAAGACAUGGUAUAUGAAAUAGCCGUCACAUGAGAGAGACAAACAGAAACAUAUACUCAAUUCGUAGAAUAUGUACCACAAAAUCAGAAGGCCUCAAAUUGUAUCCAGUUACUAUGGUUCACUAGCAUGGGCCCUUCUCUGUCUGCUUUUACUUGCUAAUAAAAACUGAUAGAAAUUUAGAGGCUCUAUAGUGGGCUGUAGCAGCACUGCUUUGAGCACAUGCUGCAACUUCCAGGUAUUAGGAAAAAACUGAUUUACAUGAUUCUCAAUGUCUUGGGAUACUGAGAAUGAUAAAAAAAAUACACCAUAGAAUCUUGGAUGUUGCCCAACAUACAUGCAGUGUCUUCUUAUCUUAAUUUACUUUUAAUCAAUAAACUCACAUUGCAAUAUCUAAGUAAGGAGAAAGGACGAGUAAAGAUGGAUAAACAUAGGCCAUAUGAAGUUAUAUCCAUUCAGUCUAGACCAGGCAUGGGCAAACUAAGGCUUACCUCAGUCCCUCCUCAUUUUCCUUGUCUUCUUGGCAUAAGGACACAGUGGCUCGCUACAUCCUUAUGUAGAAAGGACAGGGAAGAAGGCAUGCAGCAGCUGAGAGCCCUCUGGAGCACUCUCAGCCACCACAUGCCUCACCCUCCUCCCUGCAUAAGGAUGGUGUGAGUAGCCCCAUUCUUAUGAGGAUGACCAGGGCUCUGCGCCUCCCCCUCCCAGCCCCACCCUCUCACAGGCCCUGUCCUUAUGCUGAGAGGGUGAUCCGAGGAAGUUAUGCAGCUGCCGAGAGCUCUCUGGAGCACUCUCGGACAUCUCCUAUCUCACCCUCCUCCUGGCAUAAUGCUGAGAGGACAGCCCAAAGAUUAGAGGAGGAUUGGGGCAGUCGCCGCAUGUCUCGUUUUCCUCCCGGCAUAAGGAUGGAGUGAGUAGCCCCAUUCUUAUGAGGAUGACCAGGGCUCUGCCCCUCCCCCUCCCAGCCCCACAGGCCCUGUCCCUCCCUCCAUCCCACCCACCACAUGACGGGCUGCUUUCUCCCGUAGCCCAGCCCUCUCGGGGCAGUCGUUGCAUGUCUCGUUUUCCUCCUGGCAUAAGGAUGGGGCGAGUAGCCCCAUUCUUAUGAGGAUGAACAGGGCUCUGCCCCUCCCCCUCCCAGCCCCACAGGCCCUGUCCCUCCCUCCAUUCCACCCACCACAUGAUGGGCUGCUUUCUCUCGUAGCCCAGCCCUCUUGGGGCUGUCGUGGCAUGUCUCAUUUUCCUCCCGGUAUAAGGAUGGGGCGAGUAGCCCCAUUCUUAUGAGGAUGAACAGGGAUCUACCCCUCCCCCUUCCAGUCCCACCCUCUCAAAGGCCCUGUCCCUCCCUCCAUCCCACCCACCACAUGACGGGCUGCUUUCUCUCAUAGCCCAGCCCUCUCGGGGCAGUCGUCGCAUGUCUCGUUUUCCUCCUGGCAUAAGGAUGGAGUGAGUAGCCCCAUUCUUAUGAGGAUGACCAGGGCUAUGCCCCUCCCCCUCCCAGCCCCACAGGCCCUGUUCCUCCCUCCAUCCCACCCAGUAAGUGACGGGCUGCUUUCUCUCGUAGCCCAGCCCUCUCGGGGCAGUUGUCGCAUGUCUCGUUUUCCUCCCGGCAUAAGGAUGGGGCAAGUAGCCCCAUUCUUAUGAGGAUGAACGGGGCUCUGCCCCUCCCCCUCCCAACCCCACCUUCUCACAGGCCCUGUCCCUCCCUCCAUCCCACCCAGCAAGUGAUGGGCUGCUUUCUCUCGUAGCCCAGCCAUCUCGGGGUAGUCGCUCAUGUCUUGUUUUCCUCCCGGCAUAAGGAUGGGGCGAGUAGCCCCAUUCUUAUGAGGAUGAAUGGGGCACUGCCCCUCCCCCUCCCAGCCCCACCCUCUCAAAGGCCCUGUAACUCUCUCCAUCCCACCCAGCACGUGACGGGCUGCUUUCCCUCGUAGCCCAGCCCUCUCGGUUGGGCCCAAAAUGGGGCCCCAAGGCAAAAAAGUGUGUCUCUGACUGGUCUAGACUAAUGACAUUCUAACCUGCUUUUAAAUAGAUCUGGAGAUUGACCUAUCAAUGAUGUUCAUGCCAUUCCAUUUUUUGGUCCUGCCUUUCCCUCCUGAGAAAUCCAUGUUUAAUCCACGUUUAAAGCUCUGAAGCUAUAAGGUGGCCACCAAUGCUGUAAAAUAUUUGAAUCUCACAUCCUCAUCUAUUACUUGUGCAAUAAAAAUAUUAAGACAAAUGAUUCAAAUGCUUAAUAAGAACCGUAAUUUUACCUCCAUAUGUCAACAAAGGGAGCCAGCGUGGUAUGGUGGUUUUCAGCAUUGGGCUAGGACUUUGAGAGACCACAAUUUGAAUUCCUGCUCAGCCAUGGACAUUCACUGGGUGCCUUUAGUAUGUCACUCUCUCACCCUAAGAAGAAGGCAAUGGUAUAAAUCAUGACAUAAAUUGGAGUCAAAUCAAAGACACAUUACAAAAAAUGUUAACGGAAGAUUUUCCUAAUACCUUUUAAAGCUCAUCACGUGGACUUCCUUGCAAAGAUUAUGAAAGUAGGAUUUCUCAGCCCUUACGGAACAAACAAAACCAUAAACUAUGUGAGGGAAUUCAGACGAUAGGCAAUCACCAGAAGGUCAUAAGAAUCUUGUUGCUUUAUCCCACCUUGAGUUUUAAAGAACACAGAGUCUCUGUUGGCUUUCAUGAUAUCCCUAUUCAAACAUUAAGGAAUGGAAUUUGGCCCUAAACCUGUUUACCAUCCAGACACAAAGAACUAAGUGAAAUCUGUUGAUGUAGCCGACUCAAAUAAAACUUGUAUAGCUUUUUGAAGAAAUUCAAGAUGAGGAGAUUCACCAGAGAAAUGCUGUUUAUUGAAAAAGGUUAGGGCACGCAUGUCUUCAGAUAAAUCAUUUAAGUUGUGUAAACAGAACAGUAGCCUUUACCAUCUUAAUAAUAGGGAAGGACUGAGUUCAUGGGAUCUGGGCAAAUGGGGAUGAGGAAGAAGCCUGCUAGUGUUUAAAAUUAUGUAUCAAAGCAGGUCAGAAGAUGUGCAUUUUCACAAAUCCUUUGUUCUGAUGGCAACAACUGUAAAUAUAAACCUGAAAGAAAAGAAAUAUUAAACUCUGUUAGUUCA